AUAUCUGUAGUCGACCUCUAUUGAUAUUAAUACUAGCUCAGAUUUCGCUGUGUGAAAGAGGAACGGUAAAAGGAAACCCUAGGAAACCCUAGAACAUGUCUGGUAUGUACGGUCACGAAGGCGAUGGAUCUGCGAAUCCUCCCGGCAGCGGAGGCUAUGGAGGCAGCGGCGCCGGAAAUUAUAGUGGUGGAGGCGGAGGGUACGGUGGAGGAUAUGGCGGUGCCGGCGGAGGAGGUUAUGGAGGUAGCGGUGGUGGAGGAUAUGAUUCAGGUUAUGGUGGUGGCGGCCGAGGCGGCCGAGGCGGUGGUGGUGGUGGUGGAUACGGUGGUAAUUCACAGAGUCGAGGUGGUGGUGGCGGCGGUGGUGGUGGAUAUCAAGGAGGAGAUCGUGGCAGUCGAGGUGGAGGCGGUGGCGGUGGCAAUAGAGGGGGCGGCCGUGGUGGUGGUAGCGGUAGGGAUGGUGAUUGGCGCUGCCCAAAUCCCAGCUGUGGGAAUCUGAACUUUGCUAGAAGAGUCGAGUGUAACAAAUGUGGUGCGCCCUCUCCUGCCGGUGCUGGAGAUCAUGGAGGCAGUGGUGGUGGAAGUUACAGGGGAGGAAGUGGCGGGGGAAGAGGUGGUAGAAACAAUAAUUAUGACGGUGGAAGUGGUAGAGGCAGUAAUUAUGAUGGUGGAAGUGGUGGAGGUAGUAGAGGUGGUUCUUAUGGCAGUAAUCAAGGAAGAGAUGAUAGUGGUUAUGGUCAGGUUUCCCCACUUGCACCCCCCUCUUAUGGUGGGCCGGAUGGCAAUUACCCACCUCCAAAUAAUUAUGGUGGGAACCCUAGUUAUGGAACGGAUGCAGUUCCUCCGCCUACAAGCUAUACUGGAGGACCUAGUUCAUAUCCCCCAUCGUAUGGCGCUCCUGGUGGUUAUGGUGGUAAUGCUAUAGGCGAUACCCGUAGUAGUGGGCGCGGUGGCCGAUCGGGUGGAUAUGAUGGUGGGUAUGGUGGUGGUCCAAGAAAUGCUGGAGGUGGUUAUGGUGGUGCUCCUGCUGAGGCUCCAGUGAAGGUGAAGCAAUGUGAUGGGAACUGUGGAGAUUCUUGUGACAACUCGAGAAUUUACAUCUCAAAUUUGCCCCCAGAUGUGACUACUGAGGAAUUACAUGAACUUUUUGGAGGCAUUGGACAGGUUGGAAAAAUCAAGCAAAAGCGUGGCUUUAAGGACCAAUGGCCUUGGAAUAUUAAAAUCUACACAGAUGAGCAGGGAAACAACAAAGGAGAUGCGGCUUUAUCUUAUGAAGAUCCAUCUGCAGCACAUUGUGCUGGCAGUUUCUAUAAUGGUCAUGACAUUAGGGGUUAUAAAAUAAGUGUUGCAAUGGCUGAGAGGUCUGCUCCAAGGGCCCCUCCUGCAUAUGGCGCUGGGGGCGGAGGUAGAGGUGGAUAUGGAGGCGGUGGAGACAGACGCAGAGACAAUUACAGAGACAGUGGAGGUUCUGGUCCAGAUAGAAAUUAUCAUGGUGGAAACCGUUCUCGCCCAUACUGAAGUUCAAAGGAGCAUAUUUAUGUACUAAAAAUUGUGCUUGAAGUGAUUUAAUUAUAUUCUGUUCGCGGGAUUGUUCUCAUACUGGAGACAAAGAGGUAGGUUGUUCACUUACUUUGAGCAAUGCCCCUUUUCUCCUUUCUUAAUCUUAUGCUAGAUGGUGGGGUUUUUAUAUUCAGUUUGGGAUUGAUUUAAACUGUGUGAAUGUUUUUAUAGAGGCAAGUGGAUAUUCUCCAAAUUGCUGCUAAGGUAGGUUGAAAUUUUCAGGUGAGUAUUGCCCCAUCUAAAUUGCAUAUCUAUGCUAGUUGUUGGACUCGGAGUGGCGCAUUUGUGGAUUUGCUUGCAUGUCAGCGACAUGCUUGCAUCUUCAUCUGAUGUUGGUGUCAAAGAGUAAAUGUAGAUGUGCUGUUUAUCACUCACUUCUAACACCAUCAGUAGAUAAUGUAGUAUAACUUAUGAACUUUUUGGAGUGGUAGUUUGCAACUUAUAGUAAUAAUUCUUGUUGCAAGUCCUAUUUCAAUUCUAGGUCUAAGAUAUUGUGCCUGAUGUGGCUCAUGCUUUUUGUUCUCCUCUUUCCUUCACUACUUGGAAAAAGUUAGAAUCUUGUGACUGAUUACUUGAAGACCUGGAAGGUGUGAGUUGUUGGAGGAACUAUAUUGGGGCAAAGUCAUUGUAAAAGCUAUCAUGCUAAAUGAAGUUUUGUACUUCUCUAUUGUGUGUGUUUUGUUCAAUAAAGUUUGGGAAGCUAAAGAAGAGGGAUAUUUCUCA